ACUAGGAGAUCCUUUUGCAUAUUAUUGUGCUGAUCAAUUCCAAUACAUUUCAAGAUCAUGAAUUGAGAAAAAGGUGGGUUAAUAAACUUUUUUGUUUUUUGGUUGAGACAACAGAAAACGAUGUCGGACGUAGAUCCAUCUGUGUUCAGGACAACAUCAACCUUGACUUUGAGGUUUCUGGCAACUUUGACGAGCCUUAUAGCGGCAGUGGUAAUGUAUGUAAGUCGUGAGAAAUUUGUAAAGGCCACUGACCUUGUAUGCUUCUACUACUUCAUUGUAGUUAAUGGAAUUGUUAGCGGUUAUAGCCUUCUAGUUUUCGCCCUUCCAGCUCUCAGUUUGCUCUGGCGAUUCAUCAUAGUCCUAGAUGUGGUUGUGGGAAUGCUGCUCACUGCAGUCAAUUCAGCAGCCUUGGGAAUGGCUUAUUUGGAAAAGUACGGUAAUACACAUGCAAAAUGGGGACCAAUCUGCAGUAAUGUCCCUCAAUACUGCUCCAAAGUCAUGUGGGCUUUAAUUGCUGGGUAUAUCGCGGUUUCCAUGUAUCUUUUCCUCUCCAUCCUUUGCAUAUAUUUUACCCUGAAUCCUCUUCUCCUUCAAGGGGCAAAGGAGUAGCAGGUUGUUCAUCAGUCUCUUUCCUUGAUUUUAUUCAUGUCCCAAGAUUGUUUGAGGCAGCAGAAUUGACGAUCUUUGGAAUUAUACUACUUUUCUUUUCUAGAACUUUUCCUUUUCAUAUGUAUUAGUUGAAGAUUGAUAGCAGAACUAUUUUUUUUUACUUUGUCAAUUUAAUACUCAUUAACUUCAAUAUCUUGAAUUAGAGAUGUAAGGAUUUGUCAUUUAAAUUUAUGUAAUAUAUGUGGGCCUCUUUC